AUGAUGCCAAAGAUCUGGAAAUUGGAAGGUCGUCUCACUAGCCGUAUCAAUGAAGAUGGUUAUGUCCAGUUCUUCUUUAAGCAAGAACACCAGUUGCUCACCGUCUUAGAUAAUGGUCCCUGGACCUAUAAAGACUGGUUAGUUGUAGUUGACAGAUGGACCAGAAGAAACUGUCCAGACUACCUUAGAACCAUUCCCUUUUGGGUCAAACUUCUGAAUAUACCUGAUGACUCUAAGGAGGAGAACGCAAUUAAGGAAAUUGGAGAAAUUAUAGGUCAGGUGGAUGACCUUCGCAUUCAACAACCAUCCGCAGAACAAGCAGGUGAGGUUUGGGUAAGAAUCAAAGUGGAUGUGUCAAGCAGGUUAAUCUUUGUGAGAUUCUUUGACUUUGGAGAUCAUGGAGAGCCAAUCCUCAUCAGAUUUAUAUAUGAUAAACUUAGAAAGUUCUGUUCUGCUUGUGGUAGUCUCACUCAUUUGGCUGCAAAUUGUAAUUUUCAAAAUCAAGAGGUGGAACAUCUUCCUUUGCCAACUCCAUCUCAAGAUCACAACCAGGAGCGUGUCUUAGAACAAGUGAAUCAAAUGGUGGAGGAGCCACACACUACUACUGAAACUGCGGAUGAUACAAUGGGGGAAACUGUCGGCUCUAAUAUUCAUAUGGAGACAUCAGAAGUUCAGACACAUAUGGAUUCCCAAAGAGAACCGAUGGAGUUCCUUCACCCAGAAGAUAUUCCCACUGAUGUUAAUCAAACUUUUGUAGUUCGUGAACUUGGUUCUGCAUCAACUCCUGUCCCAGAACGUGGUCUCAAGCGUAAGAUAGAACAUGUGGCAGAUGAAGAUGUAGUUUCUACAUUUAGACAGAGGACUCAACAACAUGCUGUUCCAGAGGCUAAAGGGGAGGUGGCAACCCCGAAGCCACCAUCUCCAAAAUGA